CAUCGAUUUUCGUUUCAUCUCUAUUCUAUUGUGCAUUACAUUUUCCUAGUUAACUAAAAAAAAAGUCCGAAAACAGCGAAAACGGCGCACCGUGAGUGACCCACAGCGGAAAGGCAGCAGACCACGCGACCACGAGCAGCGGAGCAGUAGCGACAGAGGCAAAGGCAGAGGCCAGACAUCCAGGCGCAAAGCAACGCAACAAACACGCGAGCAAGAGAAAAAGCAUGAGCUGAGGCUGAGAAUACGAUUUCCAUUGCAAGCGAAACAUAGGCCAGAGGGGAAAUUGGUGCACAAAAAGAGCGCCCAGAGGAACAGCCGAACAACCCCCUCCACUCCACAGCCAUAUCCACCCACCAGAGGGACGGAACCAGGAACCACUUGACCAGGACGGCGUCUUCUCCGCAGAAGCAGCGGAGCCAACAGCAUCCCAACUAGCGGAGCACCCCGGCAGCGCCAUGAGCACCGUGUUUAUCAACUCGCGCAAGAGCCCCAAUGUGCUAAAAAAGCAGGGCACCGACCAGUGGGUCAAGCUUAAUGUGGGUGGCACCUACUUCCUCACCACCAAGACGACGCUCUCCCGUGACCCAAAUUCCUUUCUCUCCCGCCUAAUUCAGGAGGACUGCGACUUAAUAUCGGAUCGGGACGAGACAGGCGCCUACUUGAUCGACAGAGACCCCAAAUACUUUGCACCCGUGCUUAAUUAUCUGCGCCACGGCAAGCUGGUGCUCGAUGGCGUCUCUGAGGAAGGUGUGCUGGAGGAGGCUGAGUUCUACAACGUGACACAGCUGAUAGCGCUGCUGAAGGAGUGCAUCCUGCACAGGGACCAGCGACCGCAUGCGGACAAGAAGCGCGUGUACCGUGUGCUGCAGUGCCGCGAGCAGGAGCUGACCCAGAUGAUCUCAACUCUGUCGGAUGGCUGGCGGUUCGAGCAGCUGAUCAGUAUGCAGUACAGCAACUACGGGCCCUUCGAAAACAAUGAGUUCCUGUGCGUGGUCUCCAAGGAGUGCGGCACGACGGCCGGUCGAGAGCUGGAGCUCAACGACCGGGCUAAGGUCCUGCAGCAGAAGGGAUCGCGAAUUCUUGGAAUUUAAACGAGCGAUAUAUUCACACGAAAUCCCUGAAUACUGAAACCGAACACCCCGUCAUUAACCUACAACAAGCAACUCAUUCCCAAUCAGAAACACCACAGCCACAUCGACCCAACACCA